AUGGCUGACUUGAAUGCUUCUACCGGUGUUAUAAUUGUAACUGGAUACGAAGUGCCUCAAAACAACGAAAGUGCUCUAUUGAAGGCUGUUGCGAACCAGCCAGUUUCAGUUUAUAUUGAUGCAGAAGCAGAAGAAUUCAAAUAUUAUUCUGGCGGUUUGUACACUGGACCAUGCGGUACAAACUUAACUCAUGCUGUUACUAUAGUCGGAUAUAAUACUACUCAGGAUGAUGGGACUAAGUAUUGGCUAGUCAAAAAUUCUUGGGGAGACCAAUGGGGGGAGAAUGGAUACAUGAGGAUUCAAAGGGACAUUGAUGCUCAAGAAGGACUAUGUGGCAUUGCUAUGGGAGCUUAUUAUCCAACCGCAUGA